UAAUGUUAAUAAGCUACGCAUUCAUGCCUUUCAUUUUCCAGCCCAGCUUCUUACGAGUGACCACGGUGUUAGCCUUCACGUAGAAUAACAUGUGCAGUUUGGUCCAUGUGUACAGCGCACAUGUGAUGUAAUGUUAAGUCCUGAUCCGACUUCCCCACUUUAAACGGCAACUCCCCAGUAUAACAGCUCCUGCUUCCAUUGUUGUUGUUUUUAACAUUUAGUUUCAAUAUGACCAUCCAAGUGUCAGUAUUGUGUGUCUGCACAGACAUGAGCUAGGGACGCUGCGAGUGUAUUUGCAUCGGAGUACGACUUGAACAUACUGCAAAUGUUGUACAGCUGCAGCAGCAGCAGCAGCAGCUGACUGCCCGCCGUGAACCGCCAGCUCCGGACUGGCCAUGUUGGAUAAGUCGCACUGGCGGCCAACACUGAAUGAUUUGUCGUUUCAAACAGCCAGCUUGCUGAAUACAACCGAUUAAACGAGUUGGAUAAAUAUAUAUAUACGAGCCGGCCACUGUUGUGUCUUCGGUGGCCUGAGCGUUUAUUUAAGCCUGCGACGCAUGUUAGCUGGCUAACGUCGAGGUGAUGUCGAGGUGGGUCUGAUACCAGGACGUCUUCUAGCCAGCGGUUGAAGAGCAGGGGGCUGGCCGAGGCCUGCAUGCGUCUAUAACGUCAGCCAUGUUUUGGAAGUUUGACCUACAUGCUUCGUCCCACCUGGAGGCUCUGCUCGAGAAGGACGAUGUCACACUCACAGAGCUCAUGGACGAGGAGGAUGUGCUGCAAGAAUGCAAGGCCCAGAACAGGAGGCUCCUCCUGUUCUUGUCUCAGGACAACUGCAUGCAGGAACUACUGCGUCUCAUCACCACAGUGCCCCCUGCUGGUGUCGAGGAGAUGAAGCGCUUCAAGUAUCCGAACAUCGCGUGUGAGCUGUUGACCAGUGACGUGGGCGUCAUCAACGAUAAGCUGGGUAACGAACAGCCGCUGUUGGACACACUCUACGGCUUCCUGGAGCAGCCGUCGCCUCUCAACCCACUGCUGGCCUCCUUCUUCAGCAAGACCGUCGGGAACCUCAUCACACGCAAGACGGAGCAGGUGAUCAGCUUCCUGCGGGGGAAGGAGGGCUUCCUGUCCCUGGUGCUGAAGCACAUCGACACGUCGGCCAUGAUGGACGUGCUCCUGCGGCUCAUCAGCUGUGUGGAGCCAGCGUCUCUCAGACAGAAGACCCUCCACUGGCUGAAUGAAGAGAAGCUAGCCCAGAGAUUAAUAGAACUCAUUCACCCCGAGAGAGACGAAGAGCGUCAAUCCAACGCAUCUCAAACCUUGUGUGACAUCAUUCGUCUGAGCAGAGACCAGGCCAAUCAGAUGCAAGAGAUCUCUGAAUCCGACCCGUUGCUUUCAGCCUUGGAGUCGCAGGAGUGUGUGGGACAGUUACUGCAGAACAUGUUCUCAGGUGAGAGAACCGAGAGCUGCAUCGUGAACGGGGUCCAGGUUCUGCUCACCCUGCUGGAGAUCCGGAGGCCGGUGGUCGACGGCGUCAUGGACGCUCAGGGGUUUGAGAGAAGUUACAACGUCAACAGCAGUAUCUUGUUGGCCAUCCAACCACAACUGAUCCACUUCCACCAGCUGCUGCUGGCCCCGCCCAAGUGCAGUCCCAUGCUGACCUCCAUGGGUCUUCUGGAGGAGCCUCUGGGGAACACGCGUCUGCACGUGGCGCGGCUGGUGGCCUCGCUGCUCUACACCAGCUCGGCCAGCCACGCCGUGGUGGCCCAGACCCUCUGCCAGCUCAACACUAUGGACGUGCUGCUGGGCUUGUUCUUUAAAUACACCUGGAACAACUUCCUCCACCUCCAAGUGGAGCUCUGCGUAGCUGCCAUCCUCAGACCCUGUGCCCACGAGAUGAGACUCCAACCGGACCUGGGAUCGCAGGAAACGUCCCUGCUUCCACCUCCCCAGGAGGCCGCAAAGGAGAAGGGUUUGUCCGAGGCCCUGAACUCAGACUUGGGAACAGCACAGAACCCUGAAAGCUCUGCUCAUAACACGAUGGUAGCGCAUUUGUUUCAGCACUGCCGACUAGUCCAGAGGAUUCUUGAUGCUUGGGAAGAAAACGAUAAGAUUCAGGUAACGGGUGGGAUGAGGAGAGGGUACAUGGGUCACCUGACCAGGAUCGCCAACACAGUGGUGCACAACCUGGAGAAAGGACCGGUCCAUGCUCAGAUCAGCGGCCUCAUCACAGAGCUCCCUGAAGACUGCAGGGGGCGCUGGGAGACCUUUGUGGAGCAGACUUUAAAAGAGACAAACAGGAAAAACACCAUUGACUUGGUCGGCACUCGCUCCCUGAGACAUUCCUCUGAGGACGACAUGGAGAGCCCCUUCCCCAAAGAGCUCACCCUGCAACAGGCCUUCUCGGACUACCAGAUCCAACAGAUGACGGCAAAUUUUGUCGAUCAGUUUGGCUUCAACGACGAGGAAUUCACGGACGCUGAAGACAGAAUUGCAGCCACCUUCGACCAGAUUGCCGAGAUCAAUAUCAACAUCGAUGCAGGCCAUGAUAGUCAGGCCAACACAGCUGUGUUUGAGGCCUGCUCCAAAGAGAAGAUCCAGUCGUUUGAUGACGAUGAAGAGGACAUCUGGGAGGAGAAGGAGAUUAACUAUGCAACGCAAACCAAGUCUCGCAACAGGUUUGGCGGCUCCAGAUCGUCCCAGGGCGCCGCGGGCGCCGCGGGCGCCGCGGUCGCCGGCUCUCUGUCUGAGCGGACGCCAGGCUCCGACCCCCAGGGCUCUGACAAGACGAGGAGACCAGACGCUGAGCCGGAGCCCAACGGUCCCCUGGACCCCUUCUCCAGUCUGGCCCCUCCGGAGAACACGCAGAGCAUGGGCUGGGUGGCCGACUUUGGAGAGGUGAAUUCCAAAGCGCCCGCGGCCGGGGGGGGGUUCUCAGCCUGGGACAGUCCCGCCUCCAAACCAGUUUCCACGGAGACGGAGGAGAAGGGAUGGGCCAAGUUCACCGACUUCCAGCCCUUCUGCUGCUCGGAGACCGGGCCCAGGUGCAGCUCGCCCGUGGACGCAGAGCUGAGGCCCGUGGACAGAGCCGAACCCAACCAGAACCCCUGCGUGUGGAGCGUGUGCGUGGCCAGGAAGGCCCCGCUGGUGGCCUCCGACUCCUCCUCCUCCGGCAGCUCGGACAGCGAUGAGGAGGAGGACAAGACCCGCUCCGUCUCCAUGGAUACCGUUGCCCCCCCGGAGACGGCCAGCGCGGUUGCCGGCGGCAACAGCAGCAGCAGCAGCCUACGGGGACCCGGCGACGCAAACAACGACAAGGCGGUCAUGGCCAGUGAGGCAGACAAGAUGGCUGCGGAGGGGAAGUUGGCCGACGACAAAGGACAAGGAAGCGGGAAGGAGAGUGGCGCGCCCCCUAGCACGACGACCGAACGCCCCGCUGCGGGUCAACCGGCUCCCCCCCUCUCCUCCAACGGGCCGGCCUAACACCCCCGCCCGGAGACUGGACUCCCCGCGCACGCCUCCUCCAUCUCCACCCCCACCUCCACACACACACACACACACACACACACACACACACACACACACACACACACACACACACACACACACACACACACACACACACACACACACACACACACACACACACACACACACACACACACACACACACACACACACACACACACGCCGCCCCCUCCAUUUCCAGGCCACCAGCCCCACACCUUUUGUUUGUGUCGGUAAUACACAGAAGUGGAAGGUCAUACAAGCUGCACCUCAGAGGGCUCCUAACAAUAUGUCGUUAUCGUCGUCGUCGUCGUCGUUGUGGUUGUGUUUUGGUCUGGGAGAGCCCGCAUGUAAGUAAGAUGAGAAUGUGAUAUGUUUACGGUCUAACGAUCUGACGGGCGCCCUUGAUCUGAUGACACAAUCAUAUUUGAUGUCUCAAGCGUGCAGAAGCAAUGAAAGACGGAUGUUUGUCCAGGCAGCAGCAUUUGCUACUAUUACUGUAUUCUAUUCGACUUUUGUUUCCCAAAUGUAAAGAGAGGCCAAGUGUGUGCACUGACCGCAGCCAAUCAGACCUAGCUUUCCGCAGUACGACAUUGUUGUUUUCAUUGAGAAGGUCAGCAUCGCAGAGCAUAAGGGCCGACUAUCCAAUAGGAUAGCUGGCUGUGAAGGAAUGAUAUAUAAUGAGAUAUAUAAUCAUCUUGCUAGCAUGCUGGUUUUUACUCCACACCAAAAAUAGAUAGACGUACCCAACAUACCUUUAAUGUAGGCGUUUAAGCCCGUGGAAAUUUGUUACUUUUUUUUAGUUUUUUCUUAUUUAACAAUGCCAAAAACCUGAAACUGUAGCUUUCGUUUAAUGUUUUCUUUUUUUUGUGUUAUUUGUUUGUUGUUUCUGUUUGAUGAUCUAUUUAUUAAAUGUAUGGUUGUGUUUCUGGUUCGGAGUGUACCAGUCUGUUUUAGAACACUGAAACGUUGACCUACAUGUGCUGGCUGUGGUUGGUCUGUGAGUGUGUCUGGGCUCUGUCUGAGGUACGGAGUGUAUUCUCAGGUUAAAGGUUAAAGACGUAUUUGGAUACAAGGAAAGCACACCUGUGUAACACACACACACAUACCGCACACAGACACACAGACAAGAAGUGGCGGUUAUGUCCACCAAUCACACAUAAAACAUGGAAAAAUCAAAUGCUUUCAUACCGACCCCUCUCAUCCCCAGAGCUGUUGUAAUAUUGUGACCUUUGAACCUGUAUUAGGUUGUGGCUUUACUUCUUGGUAAUAUGUAAACGUAACGAUAUAAAUGUAAACAGCAUAUAUAAACACUUUAUCUAUUUUUGGAAUAACUCCACCGGUAUGGUGAGGCGGGCGUUUUGCUAGGCGUGUGAUAUGUGCGUGCUGUACCGUUGAAAUGAGGCAAUAACUGUAUCUGUAUUUUUAGGUUUUAAGUCCGCGCAUCCGGGUGAUCCGUCUCUGUCUCUUUCCACGCGCACUACCGGGGAGUGUAUGUGCGCAUUUAGAAACCACAGUAUGUCUUCCGUGUAAUUUACUUGAGUUACUGUUUGCCAAGCACUCCCGGCUUGUUUGAUCUCACUCUUCCUCGCUCUCUUCUUUUCAGGGAUCGGGAUGCGUACGGCUGUAGAGCCUUUAUAUUUUGGAGGCCCCUGUUUAUUGGUUUCGUUCUUCUUUUUAGAAGGCACUUUGAACAAGCACUUUCUGUUGCAUGGUCUUCUCAUGGGCUGGGGAAUGUCGACUGGAGCGGAGGACAUAUCGGUCAGUGUCUGCUGUAGAUUAUUUUUGUAUGCUUUCAGGCAAAGUGUGUAGUAAAACUGUAUCAGUGAAGGUCAUUAUUUGUUUACUGAGGUUGCAGAGGAGAUUUUAAUCGGCUGUAUUUAACAUAUAUCUUGCAAGGAAUUUUAUUUUGCAAGAUUCCGGAUUGCCAGAAUGUGCAAUAGGGCUUGUACAUCAGAAUGCAUCAUGGGAAUUUUUGUUGGCAAUGCUCCAUUUAUAGAGGACUCAAUGGUUUUGUAAUUAAGUGUAAAAUCCCUAAUCAACUUAAAUGUAACUUUACCCUGACUAAUCAAAACUAUGUGUGGCAGUUUCAAAUGACAAUGUCUCCCCAUAAUGACCUCUCAUUUCACGAUAAAUUAAUCAACACUGACCAAAAAAAAAGUUCCUACUAAUGUAAUAAUUAACAUACUAAUGCUGCUAUGCUUCAAAAUGGAGGCGCUCUUUGUGAGGUGACGUUGCGAUGUACAAGCCCUAUAUAUAAAUUGGAAAAUAUGAUGGCUGCAUGGGGAGGCAGGGAAGCGUCGACUCCAGAUGAACGGAGCAGUUACAUGUGUGUCUGCAGCUCGUUCAAGGCAGCCUCUCUGUGGGUACUAUACAUACUUUUUUGCCAAGUCAAGAACUUAACCCUUACUUAACCCUUUCCUUCUAAAGCAGUUCUAGGAAAUCUGAAUAUAUAUAUAUUAUCAAAGCUGUCUAUGGGUCAUACAGUUAUUUAUGAAACUUUGACUUGGUUUAUCUCCAGUAGUCAUGGAUUGUAUGGUGUUUGAUGAACCACUAAUGUACAUUUGAUGAAAGAUUUUGUAAAGCAUACUGGAGGAAUGAGGAAUUUGUGUGUAGUGCCAAUGGACCCCCCCCCCAACUGUUUAGAACUGGCUCAAAUUGAUGCCUUGACAUCAGUGACACUUGUUCAACUCAGUCGGAAACAAAAAUCCCCAAAACAAGUUUCAACACAGAUGGCACUGUCAAAUAUUAAAAAAAUAUGGUUUACUCUAAAUUGCUUUUUCGGAAAAAUCAAAACGAUACUGAAAAACACAACAGUUCUGGCGAUUAUUUUGGAAAGUAAAUUUGUUGUCUUUGGAUACCGUUUGCAGUCACCUCAAUAUUUCACUGUCAAAACGUCUUGCUUUGGCUUCAGAUCGGCCUGCCACAGUCGUAGAGUAGAGCGUACCUCAGCUAGCAGACUGCAAGCUUGGGUUGGUUCGAGCAGGAAGCCCGACUCGUCCUCUGGGUAUUGAGAACUGGGUCCAGUUAUGCUGUCAAGCACUUUCCAUGCACUGUGUCUGACCUAUGCUUAAGGGUGCAUGUCCGUUCAUGAAACCUGCUUUUGUUGUAACAUUUGUUUGGUUGAAAGUAGGUUCAAUGUGUGCCUGUGUGUGUGUGUGUGUGUGUGUGUUGUGUGUGUGUGUGUGUGGGGGGGGGUGUGUGUGUGUAUGUAUAUGUGUGUGUGUGUGUGUGAGAGAGAGACAGAGUGAGCUAGAGAGAUUAAUUAUCCCUUCAUCCCAUCAAAGUAAAUAUCCCUUCAUCAUGGUAACGAAUGAGGUUAUCAGCUUAUAGUUACACAUGCAGACGUGUGUGCGUGGUGGUGUGUUAUGUGUUAUCAUGAUACGCGUUUCGUGUGCGUGUGUGUAAGCGCUCGCACGGAGGACAAGUCUUGUAAAAACUUUUUUUUUGUAACUCACACUGAUGCUGGUGGACCUUUCCAUGUAGAGAGUAUUGUGUGUGUUACCUGUCGUGAAACUCAGCUUGUACAUUUGACCAUGCACCUAAUAAAUAUGCUUAACCACACGGCGAGGCUGUCUGCAGUGAGUGUGUUAUACCACAGAGACUGUUCGGAAGACACUUGGAAGCGGCGGAAGUUCAAACACGGAUUUAUGUGGACUGCAGGUCGAUGACGUCACGCUGCGGUCGUGAGGUCUGUUUACUGUCGCAUCCUGCUGCCGCAAACAGACCUGCCCAACGCACAGACAAACAUACAAGAGGGUAUAUAUAUAAAGGGUAUAGUACCUUUAGUAAAGUAAUAGUUACUGGUGAUGUUCCUGUGUGUGUGUGUGUUUAUAUAGGUGCAUGUGUGUGAGUCAUUAUUUAGUUCUUGGCCAGUAGACCAUGCUUUUCUCAAUGCAUUCCUUCAAAGUUUACGAGGUGGAUACAAGUGAU